AUGGUAUUGAAGAUCUUCGACGAUUCCGGUGUUGGCCUUUUGAGUUAUUCGCUGAGGGCCCUCAACUUCGCAGUUGAAAAUGGUGCAACAGUAUCCUCUCAUUCUUACCGCUGGUAUAACACAAGUGAGCUCCAGAAGGCUGCAUACAAGAACGCCGCUGCUGCUGGACAUAUUGCUGUUGCUGCUGCUGGCAAUGAAGCACUUGAUCUAGAGAAGAACCGAACUUAUCCUUGCUGCCUUGCAGAGGACAUCCCAUCCAUGCUUUGUGUGGCUGCCAGUACUUCUAAUCCAACCGAACCGGUCUCUCUUGCCGGAUUCUCGAACGCUGGAUUUGUUACGAAGGUUGCUGCUCCCGGUGUGGAUAUUUACUCGACGGUCCCCGGAGGUUUGUACUACAAAACUAGUGGUACAUCGAUGUCGACCCCUAUGGUUGCUGGUGUCGCGGCCUUGCUCGCUACUCUCGGUCUUGAAGGCCAAGACAUAACCAGCACUAUUGUCAAAUCUAGAACAGCCAGUAUACAGAAUCCAUUCAAUCUAUCCCACAUCGGGGAAAUAGAUGUACUUGAAGCAGUAAGUAUCGCCCUUAUCCAGUUGACGUCGUCAACUUGACGAACUGCUCCUUCUAUGGUCAGUAAAGCUGUCUCGAGGACUUAAGGACUCGUGAACUGCUGGAGCAGAGAAAUGCAUCCACCUUUUUGUAUAAAGGUUUUUCCAUAUCUCCGAUUCAUUUUCAAAGGUUUCACGGCUGCUUCCAGACAGCAUCAUUAUUAUUUAUCCGCAUUAGAAUCAGUUGAUAGUUCGAAAACUUUUGUGAUUGUAUCUCAGAUAUGUAUCGUCAUUGAAUACCCAUUCCUGUUGGGUAGAGUUUUCACCGGUAACAUAGCUGAUCGUUGACG